AUGACGACCAUCCGACUACGAGAAUUUGUAGAGCGCCGCCGGUCGAUUCCACCUAGGCUAUAUAUCACUCACCAAGGAAAGGACAUCAAAGGCUAUUACCCUGGACAACUGGCAAGACUCCAUUUUGAUUACAGUGUGAAGAAGGCUCCAAGACCCCUCAUAGACUUGGCAGUUCCACUCAGGAGCAAAAUUCCAUAUCAGCCUCAAUUAGACCAGCAAACGCUCUUUCGAUACAUUAGUUUCAGAAGAUUGUCAAGGCCUACAGACUUGUGGCAUAAUGAAACGACUUACCAAAGAGACUACUCCCUGCCGUUUUAUGAGAUUGAUUGGGAUCGGAAAUUAGGCACAAUUUCACUGAAUCCUAGACCAGUUAAUUCAAUACCAGAAGUCUACUGUUGUGGUGGCGAGAGAAGCAGCUUCACAAGAAGUUUUUAA